UAAUGAAAGGAUCACUAGUCCAUUACAUUGAGUUGUGUCCCCUGAUGUAGAUGGCGCCUCAACAAGCACCUGCCAAAUUGAAACAAAGUUUGAUAUGACAACAAUUUCUCUUUUCGUGAAACGCGUUGCUUAGGCAACCAGAGAGAGUUUUUUUCGAGAAAAGAUAAAUUAAAAUGGUUGUCAAAAAAUCAGAAUAUCAAAAACAAUUUUCCCCGACAAUAUUAACCAAACACAUCCCAAUUUAUGAAGCCAAUUUAGAAUGUCGUAACAGGCGUCGUGACCAACAAUAUUCACAUACAUCUAUAGCAUGGGAUGAUUCUGAUACAACUUCAGAAGAAGAAUUAAAAAGAACUCAAGAAAAACUAAAGGAACUGAAAAUUAAGAACGAUGAACAGUGUCAAGUACCUGAAUGUCCAGAAUCACACCACAAGGAAAUAAAACCAAAAUCUGAGGAUGUGAAAGAAUUUUCGAAUGACCAAAAUUAUUUAGACAAAGUCAAAAAACUUGUUGUAGAAGACAUUGAAAAGUUGGAUUUUGGUAAAACUAAGGUUUUAGAAUGGGGUAAGAAAAGGAGAAUGAGAAGACCAGAUCGUAAACAAAAAAUUCCGAGAGCACGUCCAUUCUCGGCUCCAGCUCCACGGAAACAACCAACAGUUGAACACCCUAAACCCUUCCUAUCAUACGGCCAUGGAGAUGGUGAAAAAACAACUGGAAUUUUAUGGACGCAUAAUGUCCGUGCUGGUACUAAUGUUUACGCUUCAGCCAUGAGAGCUAAACAACUGAGACAAGAAGAGGCAAAGAAACGCGAAGAAAAACAUAGUAAAUAUGUUUGGUUAAAUGAUAGGAAAAAGAAAGCAAUCAUACAACUGAUGAAAAAAGAAACUGAAGAUUGGGAAACAGAAUAUCAGAAACAUUAUCCAGCCUAUGAUAAAGUUAUUUACGAACGAGCAUUAUCAGCAAGACCAGACAGUCGUAGAGAAUAUUAGAUAAACUAUUUCUCAUAGCCUUAUAAUUUUAUUGAUAACAUCUAUUAUAAGGGUGCGUCAACCAUUAAACAUGUCAUCAUCACUCUAGAUAGUAAUACCAGACAUGAUCAUUCUAACUUGGUUUUAAAAGCAUAAACAAAAUAUCAUCAGAAAAAUUCAUCCUGGUACAAUCUCAUAGGUUUCUGAUCAUGUAGAAGGAUUGUAUAUAUUAUCAAUGCUCAAUGUUAAAGAUGCAUUACAGAAAAAGAGCUAAAUCUGUCUAUUAUCUAUGGCAUGUUUUUGCUGGCUUCAAAUGUUAUAUAUAAACUAUUAUUUAGACAUUUAUUCACAUGUCAAGCCCAUAAUCAACUCUCUAGAACAUCGGAUGACUGAGAUAUUAAGCGAAUGAGAGAAUGUCUGGCAUAUCUUCGUUAAAAUUUAAAAUGGUACUUGAUUAUCAUAGUAGUGGCACUUGAAUAUCAAGACUAUAAUUUAACCUGUUUCUUUUCAAAACUUCGAUCAUCCAUAACAUUCGGAAUAAAGUAAUUUCCAUAAUAUUCAUUAUAUAUUUUUUAACUAUUAUAUCAAGAACGGUCAGCUGUUUAUCUAAAUCUUGCAUCUUUAAUCAGUGUACGUACAUGUAUGUCAUUUUGGCUAACAUUUUAUCAACAGGAUUGAUAUUAGAUGUAGUAACAAGGUUUUAUGUUCCUAUAAUUUAUCUUUAUUAUACUUUCUGUCAGUGUAUAUAUCUAAUAUGCAAAAAACAAAAGUUAUUUUUAAACUCCCAAAAAGUAGAAUCAAGUAAAAUAUACUUUUUUUUUGUUAAUAGAUCUCUUCUAUAAUAUUUUAGAUAUUAAUAUAUUAUAUUAUACAAUUGUUAUUAGUAUAUUAUUGUAUUAUAGUUGUUUAUUGUUUUAUUAUAUACGCUUGUGUAGAGUCAUUUUUUAUACGCCCACAUUUUCAUGUGGACGUAUAUUGUCGUCGCCCCUGUGUCAGUCCGUCCGUCCGUCCGUCCACAAUUUGUUUGUGGACACUCUACAGGUCACAAUUUUUAUCCGAUUUCAACAAAACUUGAAAUAUAGCUUUAUCCAACUAAGAUCUCGGAUCCUUUCGAUAUUGGUAUGUAUCGGACUGUAACUUCAUGGAUUAUGGCCCCUGAUUGUACCAAAAAUCGCGUUUUUAGCUUGUGGACACUCUAGAGGUCACAAUUUUGAUCCGAUUUUGAUGAAACUUGAAACGCAUGUUUCUAACCCAAAGAUCCUGGUUCCUGUCGAUAUUCGCACAUAUUGGAUCGUAACUUUUUAUAAUUAUGGCCCCUGAUUGUACGAAAUUAAGGUUGAAUUGGAAUUUCGGGAAAGUCGAAAUGAAACUGCCCAACAAAAUGGCCGCUCUUUGUAUGCAAAUUGUAUAUAAGUAUGUAAUUCAAAGGUUAUGGACCUUCUAGAGGUCACAAUUUUUAUCCAAUUUUGAUGAAACUUAAAAUAUAUCUUUAUAUUCCAAAAAUCUUAGUCCCUUUUGAUAUUUGUGCAUUUCAGACCAUAACUUUCUGGAUUAUGGCCCCUGAUUGUACAUAAAAUCAUUUUUGUUUUUAGCAUGUUCUCUAUCCAUCUCUUGCAAAAUGUGGGCAUAUCCUGCCUGGCAGCCGCUGGUUAUCCUAUUUUGAUGAAAUUUGAACUGUAUGUUUAUAACCCAAAGAUCCCUCUCCCUUUCUAUAUUCACACAUUGUUAGCUUUUUCUCUGUCCAUCUCUUGCAAAAUUUGGGCGUAUCUUGCAUGGCAACCCCUUGUUUAUAUUACAAGAUUUCAUCUGUGUCAUAUUUACAAGAUUUUUGUGUGUAGUUGUUAAUAGUAAGUGCAGGGGGACUGCACCACACACAAAGAAAUAUACAAGACAAAUCUACACAAAUUACAGACAUCACAAACAACAAACAUACACAUCAGAUCCAAGUGAAUAGAUCCGGGGGGUAGCUGUAAGCGUCCACUACACUGUACUGUCCCGGGCCGGCAGUGAUACAGAUUUCACUCAAAAUGAACACACAAUAAGCGAAUAUUUCCCAAACAACCUAUAAUACUAAUACUAGUGUGAGUCAUAAUCGGCUAUGUGCUACAUUAAAUAUAAAUGUAGACACAUUGAAGGAAAGUACCUUUAUGAGUAACCAUUUAUGUAAAAUUAAGAAGUAUUGGGAGAGCGCAGGGGGAGAUUAUGCCCAUUUUGGGGUGUGCAAUUUAUUCUUUAGAGUCAGACCAGGUUAAUUUCUUUAACAGCUAAAUACCAGCUGGUAGUAUUUACAAUUUGUGAUUACAUUAUUUAUUUUGAAAGGGGCUUAUUACGCUUAUUGACUCUAUAUUUUCCUAUUCAUGAGAAAACUCAUGAUGCACAUUUUACCCUAAAAAAGUGGCCUUAUUUAUAUAGAUAUUUAAGUUAAAAAUUAUGAAUGAAACAGAAUUCCACAAUGUAAAUAAAUCUAGAUUUCAUAGAUAUUAAAAUAAUUAUUAUAUCUA